CCUGUUUCUCCUCAGCCACCUCAGCCAGGGCUCAGCGAAGGGCCAGCCGCCCCACCGCCCAUGCCCACUGCACAGCGCCGGGGUCCCACGGCCACUGCACAGCGCGGGACAGGGCCGGGCGUCCACCCGCCCAACCCCGGGGCCGAGGACAGCCGGCCUUCCCCGCCACGGCGCAGCCGGGACCACCACGCGCGUGCCAGACCCCCGGUUUCCUUCCCGUUCCGCCGUGCCCCGGAAGGUAAGGGGACCCGACCGGAAGCGACCCUCCCCGACUUCCUUCCCCGCGUUGGCGCUCCUCCGAACCCGGGCCCUCUGUCCCUCUCUGUCCUUACCUCGGGCUGGGCCCGCGGCCGGGAGGAGCUUCCACAUGGGCCCUGCUGCCGGCCGACGCGACCGGCGCCAGCCCGCCUGCCAGCCGCCCGAGCUGCGGGGCGAGCGCUCCCGGGCCGCGCGAGCCUCUGUGCUGCCGGCGGGAUGCAGCGGGCGUGCGGCCAGGGCGCGGGGCCGCCACCUGCUGGGGAGCCAGGAACAGCGCUGUCUACAAGUUCACCAGAGCUGCUAUUUUACUACUUGGGGAAUGGGAAGUGAAAAUUGGACCCUGGAGGGUUUCUACACGCUUUCAUCACUUCUCUUUUAGAGAAUAUUAAAGCAUCCAGUGUUAACUGGAGUAAAACAAUUACUAAGUACCAUCAGCAAGGAAAGUCUUGAGUUUGUUAGCAUUGUGACCUCCUGGAAGGAGAGAUGUUGAGGGUGUUGAGAACAGUGCUUUUCCAUGUGUCUGGUCUCUGAUCCAAGUUAUACGCACAAACAGAAGCUAUGAGCUUUCAGGG